AUGAUGCCCCCGCGGGGGGCGGCGGGUUCCUGCCGCCGGCGGCGCCUGGCGCCCCUCAACGAGGACAACGGGCGGUUCCUGCUGCUGGCCGCCCUUAUCGCGGCGUACCUGAGCGCCGGCGCCACCGUCUUCUCGGCCCUCGAAAGCCCGUCGGAGGCGGCGGCGCAGCUCCGCUGGAACCGGACCUUGCACAACUUCAGCCGCAUUUUCAACAUCAGCCUGCCGGAGCUGCGCGCCUUCCUGCGGAGCUACGAGGCUGCCAUGGCCGCGGGCAUUCGCGUCGACGCCCUGCGGCCCCGCUGGGACUUUCCCGGUGCCUUCUACUUCGUGGGCACUGUCGUCUCCACCAUAGGUUUUGGGAUGACCACACCAGCAACCGUGGCUGGCAAAGUUUUCCUCAUCGUUUAUGGCCUUUUUGGGUGUGCUGGGACUAUCCUUUUCUUCAACCUCUUCUUGGAGCGCAUUAUCUCUCUCCUGGCAUUUAUCAUGAAGGCAUGCCACGAGAGACAGCUGCGAAGAAGCGGUCUCCUACCUCCAAACUUCCGAAGGGGGCCAGCUAUGUCUGGGGUGGGCAGCCUGGUGGGGUGGAAGCCAUCCGUUUACCACGUGCUGCUGAUCCUGGGAAUUUUUGCUGUUACCCUUUCCUGCUGCGCCUCUGCCAUGUACACGGCGGUGGAAGGGUGGAACUAUGUUGACUCUUUGUACUAUUGCUUCGUCACCUUCAGCACCAUUGGCUUUGGAGAUUUGGUAAGCAGCCAAAAUGCUGCCUACCAAAAUCAGGGAUUAUACAGAUUCGGGAACUUCGUAUUUAUAUUAAUGGGGGUAUGUUGCAUAUACUCUCUUUUUAAUGUCAUCUCCAUUGUCAUCAAGCAAGUUUUGAACUGGGUGUUGAAAAAAUUGGAAUGCAGUUGUUGCCCAAAGUGCCGUAAAUCGAGCGCCCGCCUCGGACGUCGCAAUGCCAUCACGCCAGGAGCCCGCCUACGCCGACAGAACAUGUCAAUGGACACUGAUGGGCAGUAUGACAGUGACACUGAAGGAAGAAGACUCUCUGGAGAGAUGAUCUCCAUGAGGGAACUCACAGCAUCAAAUAAAGUCUCCUUGGCCAUUUUGCAAAAGCAAUUGUCCGAGACGGCCAAUGGCUACCCAAGGAACGUUUGUAUCAAUACAAGACAAAACGGUUUCUCUGCAGGGGUGGGUGCUCUAGCCAUCAUGAACAACCGCUUGGCAGAAACAAGUGAUUCUAGACAAAGCAGAUACCUGCAAUACCCGGACACAGGCUGAAGCACAAGAAAUAAGAAGGAACUGAAGGAACAGAGUGGGACAGUGAAAGCACACUGCACUAGAUUGCACUUUCUUUUCAGGUAACUUGGGAGUUGUAUUGCAUUCUUUAAAUGUUUGGGGUUUUUUCCCUGAUCUUAUUUUUGGACAGGAUUGAAAGAAUACCGUUAACUUAGGAUUUUAAAGUUCAUCUUCCUUGAUACAGCUCUCUCUGCACCAUCUUGCAAAACCAGCAGCAGUGACUCCUAGCUGGCACAGACCUAGAUAUCCCAGUUGCCUCCUAUGCAGCUGUACAAGUAGCACUGAUGUAAACUCAGAUGUUGUGCUCUAGAUUGCAUUUUUUUCUGGCUGAGCCCAAGAAGAGCAUUCAGGAGCAGCAGGAAGGCACAGGACCUGGGACUUUUCUGUGAUCCAGACCCUAGGUGAAAGCAAUAAUUGCACAAGCACGAGCUGCUCAGACCUUCAUCGAGAAAGGCAGAGAUACUGCAUCCACCUGGCCCCUGUGCUGAUACCUUGCAGAUGGGAAUGAAAAUUUAAGUAAGGCUUAACAAGAAACAAUAACCAAAUCCAAAUAAUGUCUUCUCUCUCAUGGAACUUAGGACAGAAUGGUUACAAAGAACAGAAACCUGCCAUGUUUGGCAGUUCACUACAUUUACUUCUUGGGGUUUGUCUUCCCUGUGUGUUUCUCAGACAAAGUUUGGAGUCACACUGAGAGGUCAUCCUGUUCUCUUUGAUCUUCCCAUCUGCAAACAUACUUCUCAUUUUGUGCAAAAAAAAUAUCCAGAUGGCUUUUUAUUUCUUUGCAAUGUGAAGAAUGUCCUUCAGCUGAUAAAGAUGUUCAAAGAAGUAAUCUCAAUUGACUUCAGUCACAGAUGGAGUAGGCCUCUGAAGAAUGAGGAUGUAGUUUGCCUGUCUCCCUGCAGAAUAGGCAUUGCAUCAGAAAGAUGUACAAAGGUACUUCAGGCAGUGGUUGGGGCCAUGCAGUAGUAGGCACAAUUUAAAAUUAAAAUGAUGUAUUCUAACGGCUAUUUGUGCAUCUUUGAUGUGUACAUCCUAAUGGAUUGCCAGCUCUGACUGCAGCAUAAAAUACUAGUGGAAGACCGGGGAGGUAUGAAAGUCACUCAUGCUCUUGGUGACCACCUGGUACCAUGCUUGGUUUAGCCAGAGAUGCACCCUGCUGGUGCUUGUCAGUGUAGUGCUGAGGCCUCAGCCCAGCUUCAGCCUUUCUCAUCCCCAGCUUUCUGUGGGUGAAAAUUUGGUGUACUAUGACCAUUUCAGACAUGACUUGCUACUGAAAGGGGGAUUUAGGCAGUGCUGGGGCCCGUCUCACCAAGCAUACAGGCUUGAUGUAAACCUAUUUGUUGUCUCCAUGGGAUGAGUUUAUAAUUCUGUGGAAAUCAGCUGUAGCAACAAGACCAUUCUCUUUUUUUUUCCUUUCAUUUUUUAACCUUUAACUUGAAAAAUAUUUGGUGACUCAUUCUUACAAUGAAUGUUCAGAGCUAAUCUAUACAAAAUCAACAAAAUCAUACUUCGAUGAUUGCUAACAAAUCUGUGGAUAUGACUGCUGCUCUAACUGGGUUACUAAUGUGCCUUUCCAAACAAACACACAUUUUCAAUGUGGUAUUUAAGUAAUAUAAUAAAUGUUACGUUCCAUAAUGAAUUCAAAUUAGGGCAUAUAGAAUACUUGACUCACACAGUUAAUAACUAAUGAAGUGUGCUUUGCACAUUGUACAAUCAACAUGCAGUGUCUUUUUUGGUGAACUGAACUCCAUAUCUGAGCUCAUUCUGCACUAGGGAAGCAGGAGCAUUACACUGGAAAAUGCAAGAAGGUAUGGCCAGUUCCACUGGGAUUUGAUGCAUAGAGAAUGCAUUGCAUUGUGACAAUAUUGUGCAGUAAUAGCACAGAGGAAGGACUCAUUCAGUUUACAUGGUAAACAGUCCUAAUGCAGCUAGCAACAAAGACUCAUGCCUUUUUUCUUAUGCCUCUUGUUUACUAAAUGGGCAACAUCCACCCUUUAAUUAGAGUAUACCUUUAAAACACUGAGGGAAAAAAAAGUAAUUGUACUCAAUGCUGUACAGGCAAAAAGAGGACUAGGGUCAAAUCCAAACUUUAAACUCUCAGGAACCAAAAUGGUGUAAUUUUGCUUUGAAGUGAAGCUGCAAACCUGCAGCCUUCCUGGUCAUGGUGUUUAGAAUAAUGGAAUCAUAGAAUCAUGAAUGUUGGAACAGACCUCUAAGGUCCAAUCAUCAACCCAACACCAUCAUGACCACUAAAGUCCAUCCUUGGGAAAGAAAAGAGACAUUCAGUGUGGAUAUGGUUUCACAGAAUCAUAGAAUGGUUUGGGCUGGAAAAGACCUCCAAAUAUGAUAUAGUCUGCAGUCAGCAGGGACAUCCUCAGCUAUAUCAGUGGUUCAGUGGCUUGGAGGUUACACAGGUGUGGUUAAAGCAGUUUGGCUAAGUGAUAGCAGGCAAUUGUGCUCGUGUGGCCAAGGUGGCAAAUGGCAUCCUGGAUUGCUUUUAAGAGUGUGGCCAGCAGGUUGAGGGAGGUUCUCCUCUCCCUCUAAUCUGCCCUGGAGUACUGUGCCCAGUUCUGGGCUCCACAGUUCAUGGACAGGGAACUGCAUGAGAGGGCACAGCAAAGGGCUACAAAGAUGACUAGGGGACUAGAACAACUGUCUCAUGAAGGAAGGCUAAGAGACUUGGAACUUUUUAGGCUGGAAGGGAGAAGACUGAUAGGGAACCUUAUUAGUGCUUACAAACAUAUAAACGAUGUGUGUCAGGAGGAUGGGGCCAGGCUUUUUCAGCUCAGGGACAGGAUAAGAGGUGAUGGGUACAGACUUGAACAUAGGAAGUUCCAUCUAAACAUGAAGAGGAGCUUCUUUACGUUGAGGUUCAUGGAGUGCUGGAACAGGCUGCCCAGAGAGGUGGUGGAGUCUCCAUCUCUGGAGUCAUUAAGAACCCACCUGGACACUAUCCUGUGCAACCUGGUAUAGGUGAAUGUGCUCUGGCAGAGGGAUGGGAUUAGAUGGUCUCCAGAAGCCACUUCCAACCCCUGUCAUUCUAUGUAACUCCCUCCAUUGCCUCCAGACAAGGUUCGUUGCUGUAGCUUUGAAGAACAAUCCUUGUCUUUAGUUGUUGUACACACCUGCCCUUGCCCUUGCAGCAAGGCUAGCUCUGUGCUAUUUGAAUUGUUGAGAUCUAAACACAAAACUAUAGAAAGGCAAGGGGAAAAUGAAAAAAGAAAGUUGAUACUAUACUGAGCCACUCUUGAGAAGCACAGCACAAUGCUGUAGCCUGCACUAAUUGGUUUUGGCCACUUUUGUAUCCCAGUUUGUUCCCAAAACUGGAGUGUUUGUGGCCCAGAUGCAAUGAAGGGAAACAAAGCUGGUGAAGCCUCUUGAGGUGUUAUGAGGAGCAGCUGAGGGAGACAGAGUUGUUUAGUCUGGAGAAAAGGAGGGUGAAGGGAGACCUUCUCACUCUACUACUACCUGAAAGGUGGGUGUUGGACUCGCCUUGCAAGACACAACUGACAGAACAAGAGGAAGUGGCUUUAAGUUAGGGCAGGGGAGGUUUAGGUUGAACAUUAAGAAAAACUUCUUUACUGAAAGGGUUCUCAAAGACUGGAACAGGCUGCCCAAGGAGUCACCAACCCUGAAUGCAUUUAAAAGCCAUCUAGAUAUGGUGCUCAAAGAUACAAUGUAGUAGUGACUCUGGUGGAGUUAGAUAAUGGUUGGACUUGAUGAUCUUAAAAGUCUUUUCCAACCACAGUGAUUCUGUGAAUAUCAACUUAUUUUACAUUCAGCCUCUGCACUGGCAAAGCAAUAACCCUGCAAUCCUACUUGCUUCAUAAAAUGGGCAGAGAGAUUUGUUUAGGCUUUCUGUAUUAUGACAGCAUAUGUAAAUAUUCUGAGAUGAAUCAAUUACCAAGUCUGGCUGUGUUUGCUAAGAGAUUUUUAUCAGUUAAAAAGGCGGGGGGG